CUUUAGGUGACAGAAGAAAAUAAAUGGAGAGAGAGAAAUCCCCUGGUGGUCAAAACCCGGAUAUAUCCUCGUCUGCAACCACCACCGCCGCCGCCGCCAUGUCCGAUGACGUCUUUACAAAAUAUAAAUCUGACGUCCUUCGUUUCUUCAACAGAGUCGGAAUGUCCACACACGUCCCGCAGCGUUUCGAUACAAAGCACUUCUACUCCGAUUUGAUCGGAGGGCUCUUGAAGGUGCAAUAUCUCGAACGUGGCCGAAUCUCCUGUCUCCUCGCCGUCAAGCCUCCCGUUACCAAUAUUUACCACGGAUUACAUGGAGGUGCUGUUGCAGCUGUGGCAGAAAUGGUGUCAAUUGCUUGUGCUAGAACUGUUGUGGGCAAAGAUAAGGAGCUCUUUCUUGGAGAAUUGAGUGUAUCUUAUCUAUCUUCCGCUCCAGAGAAUGCGGAAUUAGUAAUUGAUGGUUCUGUAGUAAGGAGUGGAAGAAACUUGACUGUAACUGAAGUUUCGUUCAGACUUAAGAAAUCUGAGAAGUUAACCUACACUGCACGUGCUACGUUCUACAACAUGCCUGUUGCAAGUUUGUGAAGAUUCCAUUACUUUAGGCAUCUUGUAUUAAUACGAGUCUAAAGUCUCGCGCGGUGGCAGAAAUGUGACCAACCGCUUCGCUUAUGAGACAAGAAGAAUUGUUUGCAGUAUUGUAGAAUUCCAUUUUCUGUCACUUUCUACACACUGGUUGUAAAUGUAUAAGAGAAUUGAUUAAAAUAUUGUUAUAUAGUGUCAGUACAUUUCAACUGCAAACAGUGAGUGAUUUUUAUUAGUAAUGGAAUGCUGGUUUUGGAUUUAAUUCCGGUUGUUACCAAUAAGAUUGGAUUGAUGGACACUACUAGCUUUUUAUAUGAUUACAAGUUACAACUGCUAAUAAGGAAAAGAGAAUAUAUAAAAUAUUGGGUAUAGAUUUUUU